CUACGCGAGUUCAGCAUCAAAACAAAAUCAUUGCCAUACGUUGCUGCGAAGCUUUUGCGUAUUUGGCGUAUUUGUGUGUCUUACUUCCCACAUCCCUUCAUUCAUCUGUUUGCCUACACUAUUUGAAAGCUCAUCGUCGAAAUUUCUCUCGUGCUCCCGGGGGAACUUGUCAGCUGAACCCUAAAGCCAAACUUGCCAAACCGGUUGUAUCCUGGCCAAAAAUAAUCCCCAAAAACAAAGGCUUAAAAUCUGCGAACCGAAGAUUAUUAGUUAUCAAGGCGGUUCGUGUGCGGAUGAAACGACCGGUGGAAAGCAAACAAUGAAAAAAAUCGCCACCGUCUGUUUGCGCAUAAAAAUGAGCCUCAAGAAGCGCGCCCACAUCAGUCCGUGAAGCGAGUCGCGCAGCAAACGAGCGUUAAUCUGUGCCGCGAAUUAGUUUAGUUGUUCGGCCGUAGCCAAUUGGAGUGAGCGGAGACAAGUGGAAAGUGGUUUUGAUCAGAUCAAAAUCCUUUGAGAAGAAAUAGUGCUGCUGGCAGGAAACACAUCUGAACAGUUGGUUCGGGUGAAAUGAAAAACAUGCAAGGGAAUAUCUGGUUCCUUAUCGGUCUGAUCGCUCUGCAGUGGACACCGACUCAGCAACUGGAAGGCGGCCCAGUGUGGGGCUAUCGAUGUGUGAACAGUCGCUGCGAGAAAGUUGCUCUGAGUGAUAACGAUGCGGUUACGAAGGCCGUCAGCAUGCAGGUCUGUCGGCUGUACUGUGCCGAUACGUUCGGUACGCUUUGGCCGAAACCCACCAGGAACUAUCGACUGGGUCAGAGUUUGAUCCACAUCGACCCAUACGCUAUCGAGUUCCAGUGGGGUAAACAGUACGAGACGUUAAGCAGACACUGGGAUAUUAGUGCGGAGCGUUUCCGAAAUCAACUUAAAAACAGAGCGACCGGAGAGGAGGUCAAGUCCGGUGGGAAGCGCAUGGAAGUUAAGGUUGCGAUUGACGGUGACUCGCUUGUGUUGAACCAUGAGACCGAUGAAAGUUACAAACUAUCGAUAAGCAGUGCAAAUGGAGGAAACGUGGUGGUGAAGAUAGAAGCCCCAACAUAUUUUGGAGCCCGAAAUGGAUUGGAAACGUUGGCACAGUUAAUUGUUUUCGAUGAUCUGAGAAGCGAAUUGCAAGUGGUGGCUGAUGUUGAAAUCAGUGAUGCUCCCGCCUAUCCCCAUCGUGGAAUAUCUUUGGACACCUCCAGAAACUAUAUCGAUGUGGCCACAAUCAAAAAAACCAUCGACGCUUUGGCCAUGGUCAAAAUGAAUGUAUUCCACUGGCACAUAACCGAUUCGCAGAGUUUCCCGAUGGUUAUCAAAUCCCAUCCAACCUUGCACACAUAUGGCGCUUACUCUCAUAAACAGAUUUAUACCGCAGAUGACGUGAAGGACAUUGUGCAGUAUGCGUUGGCGCGGGGAGUGCGUGUUAUUCCCGAGUUGGACGCCCCAGCUCACGUUGGUGAGGGAUGGGAAAGGACUAACUUGACCAGCUGCUUCAAUUAUCAACCGUGGGAGAAAUACUGUGUGGAGCCUCCUUGUGGUCAACUCAACCCUAUCAAAGAUGAAUUGUACAAUGUUUUGGAAGACAUUUACCGAGAAAUGAACGAAAUGUUCACUCAUACCGAUAUGUUCCACAUGGGCGGCGAUGAAGUGUCCAUGAGCUGUUGGAACACCAGUGCCGAAAUCCAGCAGUGGAUGAAAGCGAAGGGUUGGGGUCUCGAGGAGUCGGAUUUCAUGAAACUGUGGGAUUAUUUCCAAACUAACGCUCUCGAGCGAUUGGAUAAAUCGUUGAAAGAUAAACGCCCAAUCAUCAUGUGGACCAGUCAUCUAACCGAAGAACCUUACGUCGACAUGUAUCUGAACAAGGAGCGUUAUAUUGUGCAAGUCUGGACCACUGGAGACGAUCCCAAGAUUGGCAAACUGCUCGAGAAGGGUUUUCGGCUCAUCAUUUCGAACUAUGAUGCUCUCUAUAUGGAUUGCGGAUUCGCUGGUUGGGUCACCGGUGGCAAUAACUGGUGCUCUCCUUACAUCGGCUGGCAGAAGAUCUAUGACAAUGACCUUAAGGCGAUGGGUGGUCAACAUUCGCACCUGAUACUUGGCGCCGAAGCUGCCCUUUGGACGGAACAAGCGGACAGCCUGACAACCGAUGCACGUUUCUGGCCCAGGGUAAGCGCCUUAGCCGAACGACUUUGGACAGAUCCCCGCGAAGGGUGGCAAACUGCCGACUCGCGGAUGCUUAUCCAUCGGGAGCGGUUGGUGGAGAAUGGCAUGGCUGCAGAAAGUCUACAGCCCCAAUGGUGCUUGCAGAACGAAGGGAACUGUCCGAUAGGGCAGGGGAAAUUCUGAGGGUUUUUUAAAUUGUCGAUCGGGGUUUUAACAAAACGGAGAUAUCAAACAGAUGGGAGAAAAAGACCAGAAGUGAAUAUUGUUUUUCAAAAUUAAACAAAGAUACAGUAAAUGGUUAAAAAAGACUUUGAAAACAUCCCGAAAUAAACUGGUUUGAACAUAUUUCACAAA